GAUCUUUCAUUGACCUCGUGAUAACUCAAUAUAAUCUGCACUGACGAUGCCACUUUAUUUAAUCAUGUGGCUGCCUUGACCCGUUCUCUUCACGAGACAUUAUUUCACUCCACCUGCAAAAGAAGCGCGUUUUAUACGCAUUUUCUCUUUUACCAUUAUCUUUCAAAUGAUAGAUUACCACAAUCUAAUAAUCUAUCUGUCUGCAGUAUCAUUAUUGUGGCUCAAUUUGCUAAUCGAUUAAAACGUAGAUUCUAUCGGCUGGGUUUUGCUUUUUUCUUUUACUUUCGUGGAAAUUGAUAAUUUAUUGUUAAUCAAUUAAGUGGAGGGAGAGUUUUGAAAUGGCUUCGAGUUUUGACCGGUGGGAGAAGGAUCCCUUUUUUCCUGCGGCCGAGGAAGUUCAGGAAUCGGCUGACAGGAUGGAGUCGAUGUAUAGAACAUGGAUUCAUGCAAGUAAAGAUGCUUCUAGUGUGUGGGAUUCUGAGGAACUCCUUAGGGACCUACGUACUUCCCUUGGCACAACCAAAUGGCAGUUAGAGGAGUUUGCAAGGGCUGUCAAAUCAACUUACGUCAAAAGCUCAAUCGAUGAUGCAAGAGAUAGGCAUAGACAAUUUAUAAUUGCGAUGGAGGACCAAAUUGUGAAAAUCGAGAUGUUGUUAGAGGAUUCAGCUCGUUCAGAAGGCAAGGCAUCACUGCCGUGGGUGCGCUUGGAUGAAGGCGAGUGUAAUGAACUUGCAUUGUUUUUGUCAGGGCCAUCCAUGUCUGAUGACAAAGCUCUUGUAAAUAACCAGGUGAAGGAAAAUGAAGUACCAUUAGUUACAGUUAAAGAGUCAGUGCUUGAUUAUUCCAAAAAUUCUGGUCAAUCUGUUGAGUGGGGCUCCUUGGAGGGUAGGAAGGAGAACCCACAUGGGCAUAGGAGAACAGCCAGUGCUUGUGCUGACAUUGGUGCUUGGAAGAUAGCAAUUACUGAUGAUGGUUGCCAACAAAAUUCUUCCAAAGGGCAGCCUCCUUUACCCCCACGAAAGAUACCCAGUGUUUCAGGGUUCCUUAAUUCCAUGGAAUCUGUGGCCAAAUUGAAGUUGUCAAAGAACGGAAUUAGGAAGUGGAAAGCAGUAGAUCGUUUCCAAGAAGCUGAUACUGAAUUAUUGAAAGCUUCUCAGUUGACCAGAGGUAUAAAUGCAUGCUAUGAAAAGAGUAAGAGUUGCCUGGACAGUUGCGACGAUUGUUAAGAUAAGCAACUUUAUGGCUGGUAUGGAGCUAUUCAGAGACAACUUCAAAGGUCUCAAUACCAAAUGCAAUAUUGUCGGCCUGUUCAAGUGGCAUUUUGGAUUGUUCUUCUGCUUUGCCUGAUUGAAUUGGGGGCUCCAUGGAGCUGUUGGGUAGCACCAGGCUCACAGCAGCCUUGUCUGCAUAUUUUGGAAUAGAAAGUAUACAUCAAAAGAAUUUUGCAUUACAUUUUCAUUUACGGAUUUUUUAUUGAUUUCACCAGCACUGGGAAGGUUUGCCAUUCAUCUUGGUGUUUCUUGUUACCAUUUUUAGUCAUUAUGGUGUCUGAUGCUUUCUAAAUUCGUAGCGUUUUGGUUUCUUUUUCCCAGAACAUAAGCACACAUUAGUAUCUAUGUAACUGCAUAUCGUUUUAAGAAUCUAGUAGACAUAGAUAUUAAUAUCAUUGUUUCAAAUAAUUUGGAGUUGGAUGCUCCAUCUCCAUUUCUUAAAGUACUUGAGUUGUGUCAGUUUUUACUAAUGAUAGUUUGCAGUUCAAAGUAGUUAAAGGUUAAAAAUGUAAAGCUUGGAAAUUAGGUGGAAGAUGAGUUGAUUCUUGGUUCUUUUCUUGUAAAAAUGGUGGUAUUAACUUUUAAAAUGUUUGGACCUAUGUCAAGUGGACCUGGAGUCAUAAUUUUGUGUAUGAUUUAAAAUCUGUUGAGAUUGUAUAAGCUGGAAAAUUAUUCAUAUACCUCAGAUUGUAGAUUUCUUAUUAUUUUAGAAUUUGGCACCAGAUUUCUGGUUUUUG